UGACACUCCUCGGUGUGAUGUCACAGUUGUUGCCACCUACACCCCUGUGGCGGCGGUGGGAGCGGUGGCCCAGUCUCUUGUGAGAGGCGCAGGAAGAGGACCCAGAGAGAGCAUUGUGUCUAUCUGGAGAUAUCCUGCUGUGAUGGAGCGGCUGAGAGCCCUUCGAGGUCUCUUUGCCUGUGUGGGCUGCGUGCCCAGACGUACGCGUCGCAGGGCCAGAGGCAGGGUGGCAAGCCCUGUCCCCCCCUGUGCCGUGACUUUGCUGCUGCAGCGCCUGCAAGACCAGGAGGGUGACCGAGCGCAGGCGUACUGCGAGCUGGAGCACGUCCUGUGCGAAGGUGACAGCCGCCCGCCGUGCGGAGUGGUGAACCGGCUGCUGGCUGAGGUGUCCCAGGACCUGACAGCAGCCCAGGGCGUGCCAGACAGCGUGCGGAUGGCUGCCAGCAAUGCCCUGGUGGCUCUGGCCCGGACACACUUCACCUUGGUGAUGGCCGAGCUUCAGGGCCACCUGAAGGCCAUGGGGGAGAUGUCCAAGGAGUUUGUGCUCAUCACCCUGAGCAAACUGUUCAGCAGCUACGGUAGAGUGCCCUCAGCCUCCUGAAGGGGUCUCGCCCCUCUAUGCGUGAUCUGCGUUGAGCUGGGGGAUGCAGGGCUGCAGCCCCUCCUCCCUCGCUGCCGGGGCUCUGACCACGGCCUUCUCCUUCCCUUCUGCAGCUCCACAGUGCAUCUCCUUGUUUGGCUGACGCUGGCCGGCCUGCGCAGUGUGGUGGGCUGGGUGAGAAGCGGCCGGACCCUGCGCAUCGCUUGUGCUGUUGUGAAACAAUGGCUUGAAGGAGUCAAGGCUCACUUGUGCUCUGGAAAGCAAUGUCCCUGGCCUGCCACGGAGACGGAGCAGAUCUACAAGAAUCUUUCCCAGCUCUUCUGCUCUGUGCUGAGGAACUGGCAGGACUGCAAGGAGGAAAAGGUGAGCACUGCUGCAUUCCCAGCCCGGGAUGGCAGCGGGGACAUCGGUGUCGGCAGCUCUGUCUGUGCCCAGCGGGCUGAGAGCAGAAGGGUGAUGAGAGGGAGUGGGCUGGCUCUGCAAAGGGCCCCAAACUGGCUUUGUGCUUGGGGCUGGAUCUCCCUGCCAGGAAGCAGCCGCAUGUCACAGCACUGUGGCAGGGAUAGCUGGGGAUGAAGGUGUGGGGAAAAGCUCCUCGCCCUCCAGAGAGAGCCCAUCUCCUACUGGGCACAGGGGUACGGGAACGGGGAAGGGAAAGAGAAAGAGAAAGCCCUCCUGUAGGAAGGGCAGACCGCAGACAUUCAGUCUUUGAUGCUGGGCCUCUGCCACCCCUCUCCAGGACAAACAGGCCGUCCUCGGGGCUGUGGCUGCCAUGAUGGCUGUCCUCCUUCAAGAGGAGCUGUGGCGAGAGCACAUCUGGGAGCAGCUUCUCCGGCUCGUGCACCCGUGUCAGGAGGUCCAAGACACCUGCAGGGUGACCAAGAGCCUCAAUAUCUUCCUGGAGGCCUUAGAGGGAGUUCAAUCGGUCAUCCCUAAGGACAAGUUUCUGGCCAUCACCAGUGCCGUGUUCUACCAGCUCUCUGAUGACACCAAGGAGCACAGCGAGGCUGACAGAGCAGAGCUGACCCACUGCAUCCUGCUGCAGGCCCGAAUCUGCCCCGAGGAAACGGUCCUGUUUCUGCAGUCACAGCUGGGCAAUGAGUGGGAGGCUGGAUGCGUGGCAGCCCUGGGUCUGCUCGGUGCUCUGGCUCGCUCUGAUGAGCCCAUGAUGACAGAGAAGCUGCCCCAGGUUGUGGAGGCUGCGCAGUGUCUGUGCAGCGACCCCAGGGUGCAGGUGAGGAGGGCCAUCUUGCACUUCAUCAAGGAUGUGCUCAGUGCUAACGCCCGGAGCUGCUCAGCCUGGGAUGUGGUGGGGCACAUCUUCAGUGAGUUCAGCCGCACCACGGGAAGAAGGGCAGCUGGAGACCUUUCUGCCCAGGAAGCCCAGGAAGAAGGAGCUCUCCAAGAGCUGUGUAUGGACAUCCUGGGGUCGCUGGAUGUCUCUGUGAGCGGGAUGACCAAACUCCUGUGGCCACGGCUGCUGCUGUACGUGGUGCCAGCCCAGUACACCGGCAUGCUGAUCCCAGUCUCCCGCUGUGUCCAAGCGCUGGCUGAGAGAGGGGACCUGAUGGUGCGGGAGGUGGAAGAACUGGAUCCCCAUUUCCUCAGCUCCAUGUUUCAAGGCCCACUGCUGACUCCCCAGACACUGCUGGCACGCCUGCUGGUGGUGGCAGGGAGCCCUUUUGCAGGCAGCGAACUCCAAGCCGCUGCCUUGCUGCUCAUGCAAAACCUCCACAGCAGGAUCCACAGAGCUGUGGGGGCCAUGUGGGCCGCUGAGAUCCCCCUGCUGCUGCAGUGCCUCCAAGGUAAAGUGCUGGCGGGGAGGGAGAGGUGGAGGCAGGGAAGGGGGGGGAGUGAAAAUGGAGCUCUGCAGCGUGGCAGAGGGGAAGCAUUGCCUGCAGCCCAGUACUUGCUCUGCUGCUGUUCCCAUUCCAGGGAGACAGCACUGAGGCCCAGGGACCUUUCCCCCCAGGGAUCUGCCCAUUCCAGGGCACGGAUGGGCCCUUCGUGUCCCCUCAGACAGCAGUCUUGGAGCAGUUCCGUGUUCCUGCUGGGACAGUGUUUGUGGGGAGGGACAGGUCGACACACAUUGUGUAGGGUGUGCGGGUCCCAAUUUGGCAGUGCCGAGUGCCCAGGCAAACCAGGCUUGCAGCAGCUCUUCCUCUGUGGCUUGAUCCCAAGCAAGGGUCUUUUGCUCCUUGUUGCUGUGCAGGGAAAGAUGAGAGCUUCCUGGACUCUGCAGAGUGGGAGCAGCGUCUACUAAAGGUACAGCAUU